UUAUUUUAUAUUUUAUGUAGAACAAUUAUUUCCUUCCUGUCUAAAAACUCAAAAUUUAACACACAAAAUACGAACACGAAAACAAGUUAAGGGGUUCAUUCUCUCAAACGAAAAGCUUAUGGGAUUGAUUUGCUGUGCGAUACUUCUUGACAAUAAAGUUAUAUUAUUUUUUAAGAUCGAGCAGUAGCCAUAAAACAGUCGUAUACAAACGAUGGCGGAUUGUUGAAAAAAGGUGUACGAACACGAGAAUUAUUUUCGCGCAAAUAAUUCGCUAGUAUUGUGUUGCGGCAAUGGCACAACCAAUGGAAGCUCACUGGACGUCUGACGUUCAGCCUCUUUGUAGCACAAGCCUUCUAGCGCUGCAAGGAUCCACGGCCUCUGGUGGAUCUAGCUUAUUUGGAGGCUGCGUGAUCGGCGGUAAAUGGUCAUGGCUAGCUCGUCACUCUAUUCUUGAGGUUGUUGACAACUCAACAGGGAACCGAUGUUCGGCUUUCCAGUUUGGUCGUGCAGUCGGCGAAAGCAACACACUGAUAACAUGUGUUCAACAGUACAGUUUAAAGGGUGCCACGUAUUUGAUUGUCGGAUUGAAAACAGGAUCCACUAAAGGGGCAUUGUGUAUAUUUGACCCUCACACGUCAAAAGUCAUCUUGGCUGUCAGUAUUCCACAGGGGGUAACUGCAGUUGAGCCAAUCACAUCGACCGGUGGACUCGACGCCCCAAGCUUCGCCCUCGACGACCACCUCCGUCUUUUCUUCGGAAUCAUCGCCGUGGGGACGGAAGGCGGGCACACCUACCUCGUGGACGUCCGCCUGGAUGACAGUGAGUCGUGUGAUGAGGUCACUAUCAGAGGGUCAAAGGUCAUAUCGCCAAGGUCGACGGAUGUUGGGUCGAUUCGAGUGAAGGCUGCGAGAAAAGGGGAGCAUUUGUGUCUGGAACUUGAUGAGGACAGUCACUCGUAUCGCUCGUUCAGCUUCAGGAAGCCAGACGACUCAGUCAUCAAGAGUUUUUACCCAAGUGACGUGUCCGUGACCAGUCUGGCUUAUAUCAAACAGACUGGUACCCUGGCUGUUGGAUUCAGCUUUGGAUGUUUCCAGCUGUGGGAAUUAGCUGGUCCCGCUCUUGUAUACAGCAGUUUGAUGUCCAAGCAAUCGUCCCCUGUCACUCACUUCACCUACCAGGAGCCGGAAGACGACCCUCAGUAUUUCUGCUAUCUCUGGGUCGGUAGAGGACCACAAGCUACUGAUAUUGACCAGGAUGUUCCAACGAAUCUACACAUGUUCCAGCUGAUGUACGACCAGAAAGAGAACUAUGAGAACUACGGACACCUCUACAAAGAGUUGAUCAGCUGUGAGGCGCGCUUCAUUCACGAGUUGACGUUGGACUCGUUCAACGUGCCCAAUCACAGCUCAGUGGGAAGUCGCAUCAUAUCGUGUUUCACGCUGGAGAAAGAGCCGACGCCAAACGCCAUCAAGCAAGAGGAAUCAAUGUGUGAUGAGGAGGGUGACCGUCUGGACUUGGCCCUUGCUGCGUUUGUAUGGGAGGCGCGGUCCGAUCCAGCGGACGGUCAAGUGGCCAGUACCUGCUUCUUAGCGCUCUUUGAUCUGAACAGAUGGUACUAUGCACAGAUGCCUAGAGUUAUCAGGCGACUUCCAAACUUACAAGGGAGUCCCUUCUUCGCUUUCUUGUCUCUGGACUCCAUUCUUCAAGCGGCAUCACCAGACUUCCUCAUGGAUGUCCACAUCAACCCCCAGUCCUUUGUCCCAUACAUCUCGUCUCAAAUUCCAGCCCCGGAGAAGCAUUUUCAACCGACAUCUCUCAGCUUUGACGUGACUUGUUUGAUGGAAGCCGGCCUGGUUACGGCAAAGUUUCUCGGCCAGCAGAAACAGGUUUUGGCCGAUCUUUGUCAGCAGGGUCCAGCAGGAUUACGAGACCCACAAUUCUUCUUCAGUCGCUGCUACGCAGUCGCAUUAUUACCCAGGAGGAAUGCCCCCGACCUCGGGCCAGGAAACACAAAUGCUCAAUCUCAGAGAGAAGCUCUCCUUAGUGUUGCUGUGGAGCAUAAUUUGGUCAACUUUGUCAUUCUAUGCAUCGUCAGCUGGACACAGGGAGAUUUUCCAUCUGGUUGUAAUCUACGGACAGUCCUAGACUGGGCUUGGGGUAUGGUAACCAGUAUCAAACAGUCCAUUGACCAGAUAUGUGUACCGUUUUACAACGGCGAAGGCACACAUGUUGACGAUCAAACCCGCCGAACACUGGACCAGCACGUUGUGCGGUUGGGUCACAUGAUCACAAUCAUCCAAUCACUGCUUGACCAAUCGGGUACGACCACCGAGCAAGGAUUGAAGGAUCUUGAGACCAAGUGUAAUGUGGUGAUGUUGAUACAUCAACAUCUGAAGGCAGUCGUGUGGUUUGUAAGAAAUGGACUUCUACCUGAAUGCCAAGGUGAAGACGAUGUUUUGGAGGGGCAGUUCUGUUACCCAGCAGUCAGUUUGAGGAAAGUGUACUCUCGGCGGAGAUCCCAACUUCAAAAGAUGUGCAGAAACAGCGGAGAUGGUGACAUUCUAAUGAUCGAUGGACUGGUAUCGGAGAUUGGGUCACAACUCAGCUCAUUAUGGGAUCGUAAAGAAGAGGGUGGGACUGGGUUGUACCCGCCCCCAAGUUUCCACGCAUUGUUAGAUAUGUACCUUGUUGACACUGUUCCCGUGGUAACCAAGCAUUGCAUCGUGGGAUACUUUUUGCUUGACGUUCUGUACGUGUCAAAACUUAGCGGCACACAGAAGGAAGAGCUUGGAAGAAAGAUUGACAAGUUUUGCCAGAGUUUCUCUCUGCCGCUCGGUGUGACCAAACUCCUCCAUGGAUUCUCAUUGCUCGACAGGAAAGAAUAUGAUGCUGCAAUUGACAUGCUUCUUGACCCCACCACGACCCUUGACCUCGCGCCUUGGCAGCACCGUCACAUCCUGAAAGCGUUCCUGUACCAGAAUGAGAGCAAGAAAGCCCUGCAGUAUGUCCGGACUGCCCACCCUCCUCUCACCACCAGGGAAGACGUCAAGUUGUUCCUGACUGUACUGCUUGCAAACGGUUUGACUGCGGAGGCGUUCCACUUUCAGCGUCAGUACCGAGAUGAAGCAAAUACAGAGGAGUUACUGGGUCACCUCAUUCUAGGCUCACAGCAAACUAAGACUAUCGAUCAACUUUUAAAGCUUCCCUUUGACAACGAGGAGGAGGCCAUACUGGAGCGCUACCUUCAGGAAUCCAGCGAGCCUAACUCCCAGGAACUCCUGAUCAUGCAUUAUCUACAGCGAGCUCGCUACGUAGAAGCAAUCCGCAUGAAUGAGAAACUAAAACAGCAAGGACUGAUGGCUGACACGGAUCCCGCAGCAAGAGAGCGGGCGACGGCACGAAACGCAAUCGUAGAGAGUUACGCUAAGCUUCUCCCACCCGUCCAACGUAGACUGGCGUUUGGUCCUGAGACUUCCACUAGGAGAGCGACUGUAAUUCGUAGAGAGGUCAGCAAACCCAAACCUCUGUCGACCGUCAUCAACCCAGCCAAGACGUCCAAGGUUCUAUCCAACGCAAUGUUGAUCAAUGCUGUCCUUGAUCGCAUUGCAGAAGUGAGAGCCCAGGUCCGCGAAGACGAGGCCAUGUACAACAAAAGUGUUUCUGACGAUCCAGAUGAAGAUCUUCCGACCAUGGAGCCGUUUGUUGGGACACCCAUCACCCCGAGAACCAAGUCAAGAUUUGGUGAUCUGUCAAGUGUCGUCUACCCAGAGGUCAUGGGUCGUGACCUCAGCCCAUGGAAACGCCAACCCUCUCCAACGAAGACGCGGCCUUUUGUGCAGACUGAUUCAUCUCUCAGAUUCAUGGAGAAAAUGACAAGCAGUUCCAGAGCUCCUAUAGAUUAUACCAGCGCCUCGGCCCUGACUCUGCUACAAACUCCUCCAGUCAGAAAGAGGACACCAACCAAGCUUAGAAACGAAGGGACACCAACUGUACCUUCCAUACAUUCUAUACUCAAAGUGCGGAACACCAGUCAAAGGAUACCUAAUGAGGCCAAGGAAGGCAAAGCUAAGAAAAGCGUCCGUGCCAAGUUUGAGGUGGACUUCCCUACUCCGCCAUCUGUCACACACAAGAGUGCCUUCUCCAAACCUACCUCGGAGCAGACUGCGAAGCCAACACCUGUUCCUAAGAGAAUCACCUUCGCUGACGACACCAAACCUCGAACGCCCUCACCGGUCAUCGUCAAAGCGGAACCAGUUGCAGUCGAGCUGAUGUUUGAUGUCACACCACCCCUCAACGACUCGCCCACCCCAGAUGCUGAAAUGGUGUCCCCGCCCCUCCAACCACGGACCCCCAGCCCAGAGCAAUCGCCCCUUCCCAGUGACCGGACACCAUCGCCACAGGUGCAACCAUCGACCCCACUACCCCAACCAACCACCCCGGAUGAGGAAUACCAACAAGCAGUCACCCCCACCCCAGGGGAUCGUUUGUCACAGGAUGCGUCACCCAGUCUGACUGAAAGUCCACCGACUGAGAAUUUUGAGAUGGCCGUGGGGAUGUUUGUCGACGAUGAGAUAGCGUUUAACUUUGAUGCUCCGCACGAUCUGGAAGAGGAUGUAGCUAUGGAAUUGACUGAUCAACAAAAAGAAUCUCCAGAAAAGUUUGAACUCCGAUUGUCAUCAGAGGAGGACAUCAACACUGGAGAUGAAGUCAGAGACGAGUUAGAAGGUGAAGAAGAUGAGUUUAAAGAUGCUGAUGAUAAAACAGAGGAAGAAGAAGAAGAGGAGGAGGAUGAGGAGGAGGAAGAGGAGGAGGAAGAGAUAGAGAGCAAACCGUUAUAUUUCAGCGAUCUUAUUCCCUCACCACGCCCUCCAAUCCGUCCAGUUGCACCUCAUACUGCCACGCCCCGCUCUUCUCAACGCUCCGCCCUUGGCUCUGCCCUAAGCUCCGCCUUAAGCUUUUCUUCCUUAAAGUACUCCCCACUCCCCAAGAAGAGAGAUGAGGUCAUCGCCGUGGAAGAGACGACCGCUGACGACGAGGUUGCUCCAGAAGAAGACAAGGAAGAGGAGAUGCCUCCUUUGGAGGAAACCGCUCCGACGCCGCCCGACGACUUCCCUCAGACGGACGAAGGCAUCCAGACCUCGCCCAUGGACCUCCUAGCCGGUACCAGCCACCAGGAGAUGUCCGUGCAGACCACGCCCGGCUUGGCCCUUAGGCAAGAGGGCUCCAUGCCGACCCGGGUCCCGUUUGAGUCGUCGCUGUUGUCUGUUCACGAUGGGGAGGUGAUGACUCCGCCUACCAGUGGGGAAGAGAUGGGCGAGGAGUCUUCAUCGGAGCCAACUACAAGCCAAGAUGAAGGUGUCGUUGAAACAGACUUUCGACCUAGUAACCAGAUUGAUGUUGCCAUGGAAACAAGCCAGCAAGAUGAGGAGGAGAUUGUUAAGCAAGAGUCAGUCAAACCAAAGAGAGGAAGGAAGAGUCUCCCAACUACCCCAGCCCUGUCCUUCAUCUUCUCUCCACCCAAGACUCGCUCAAGAACCGGUACUCGCCAACACGCCCUCAAGAUCAUCGAUGAGGUCACGACCCCUCUAACCCGACGACCUAUGACCUCAACCAACAACCCCCUCCCCACAGUGGGGCCCACCCCUAGCCUGGAUCUGGGUACAAGUAUUGGGUACACCCCAACAGGGCCCCCAACAGGGGUCACCACUCCUAGCACUGGAAGGGGCAGCACAAGACGGGGACGACGAAGUCACACUCCCAAAGUAGACACCCCUGAGGCGGUGUUUAGCUCCCGUCCGUCUCGGCGGAGUGUGACCCCCGUGGUGAGGUCAGAGCAGAAGGUCAGAGGUUAUGAUUUGUCUGCGCCAUUGACAAGGUCCAAAAAAUCACUUGGGACGCCUCACCAGUCGCCGACCGACAGCCCGGUGAACCUGAUCUCCCCACUUGAGGAAGGAAUGGAAGGUGCACAAACAAGCCAACAAGGCCGACCGAAAAGGGUCGUGCGCAUGGCCCCGCAUAGUAUGACACUAAGGACGCCACGAGAACGCAAGACACGUAGCGUUAAACUGUGGUAGCGCGUAUUUUAAAUAAUAGCAUAAAUAUGAAGAUAUUUUUCUUGUCGAUAUUUUUGGCCUGUCAGCUGCUAACGAGAAUACUCGUCUCCGAUUUUGUAAAUUUCCUGAAUUGUCUUCUAAAAAAAGUUUAAAUAAGCAAAAUCAUAAUUGUCUUGCAAGCAGGAACAAUUGGAUUCCACUUGAGUAGAUUUUGAUGAAAUAGCAGGGAAAUGGCAUAUCCUUGAUGUCCAUGUAUAGCGCCCUCGUGUGACGAUGUAUUUUUUAAGGACAAUAGUUAAAAUGGUUGAGCAUUGAGCCAGUUACUAUAGCAGGCCAGGUGUUUCUUGUUGAAAGGGCAAGGGCACCAAGGCAUGUUUUCCUUCCUAAAAGGCACCUCUAUGAGGAAAUUAUAAAUUUGUAUUAAGAACAUUUCAUGGGGCACCAAGGCAAUGUCCAGGGGGCAUGUUGCCUCUACUGCCUCCGUCAAGUA